AUGCAAAGACACAAACUUCACCCUCCCCAGCAGCAGCAGCAGCAGCAGCAGCAGCAGCAGCAGCAGCAGCAGCAGCAGGUGACAGGCCCCUGCAGCAGCAGCAUUACCAGCAGCAGCGGCAUUACCAGCAGCGGCCGCACUAGCAGCAGCAGCAGCAUUGCCAGCGGCCGCCGCACUACCAGCAGCAGCCGCACUGCCACCACCCACAGCAGCAGCAGCAGCAGCAGCAGCAGCAGCAGCAGCAGCAGCAGCAGCAGCACACCGAUCCCGAAGCUGGGGAGAAAGGCGAUCCCCUUGGCCUCAGGCAGCACAAAAGUCAUGGGCCCCAAAGAGGCCCCCCCAACAAUUCCGGAGACAAAAGAACAAAGAGUUCCAACAGCUCGUCGGCAAGCAGCAGAGUUUGCUGCUGUUGCUGCUGCUGCUGCUGCUGCAGACUGCCCUCCUGCAGCAGCAGCAGCAGCAGCAGCAGCAGAGCCCCUUCUUGAGGACCCCUCAGGGGGGCCCCCCACAGACAGCAGGGGGGCCCCGCUGGCCCACAAGGAUUCGGGGUCUCGCUGCAGAGCUUCCUCUGUGCUGCUGCUGCUGUUGCUGCUGCUGCUGCUGCUGCUGGGGAGCAGCGGGGCGGACGGCGUUUGCGCUGCGUCUGCUGCUGCUGCGGCGGCGGCAGCUGCUGCUGCAGUGGGAGGAGCUGCUCCUGCUGCUGCUGCUGCUGCUGCUGCGCCAGGCUUCUUAGCUUCACCGGAGACCCCAAAGAAAUCAUUGUCAGGGGGGCCCCCUGCAGCAGCAGAGGGGCCCCCGGGGGCCCCCCAAUGUGAAGUUGCUUCUUCAGCUGCUGUUGCUGCUGUUGAGCCCGUGAAAGUCAAAUCAUAG